CCGUAAAUGCGACCUGGAACCUGGUGAAUUGAGGGCAGGCUUGUGAGGUCAUCACGCACAUAAAACCUGCGGGAAAUGAUCCAUUUGGUCUGAUUCGGUACAGAUCGACCUAUGGCCAUGUCUCAGAAGGAACUGAAAGAAGCAUUUGUCAGUAAUCUCAAUGGGACCAGUUCACAGGAAGUGAUUGUGGGCUCGUUUCUCACACCGCUGUGCAUCCUCAACCGAUCUCUCAUUCUGAUCCUCCACCAUCGAGCUACGGGGAAACUCCCUCGGCCCUUCUCGCGGAUUUCUCACCUACUUCUGGAUUUCUCCGUGCUGGUCCUUCCCCUGGUCCUGUCAUGCACCGUCCUGAGCGACCAUCUUCUCCAGGUGGUCUUGAGCAUCACCUUUGUUUUGUUAUGUGCGCUUCGUCACAUCUACCGUAGAAACCGGCAAACUUCUUUCAACACCUUCUGCAAUAGGACUGUUCUAUUCAAACAAGUUCCCUUUGUGACCAUCUUUAGAGUGAUGGUGAAUGUACAAACCGCUAUCAGUAUUCUGGCUGUAGACUUUCGAGUCUUUCCAAGGAGAUAUGCUAAAACAGAAACUUAUGGAACAGGCGUUAUGGACUUCGGUGUUGGAGCGUUCAUCUUCGCAAAUGGUCUGGUGUGCCCAGAAGCACGUGGGAAGAACGUUUACGACUCCAAGAUGAAACGCGUCGGCAAACAGUUGCUGUCUGUGUGGCCCCUGUUUUUUCUCGGUGUAGCGCGACUUGUCUUUGUCAAACUGAGGGGCUACCAAGAACAUGUGACUGAAUACGGCGUCCACUGGAAUUUUUUCUUCACAUUGGCCAUUGUGAGAGUGGUGACCAAAAUGCUUUUGGUUGUUGUACCAGCAAGACACUCGUGGAUCUCGGCUCUCGUCAUAAGUAGUGUUUAUCAAUUUGCUCUGGAGACGACAGGCCUCAAGGCUUUCGUCUUGCACAACAAUGACCGAGAGAAGGACUUCCUUCAUGCUAACAAAGAGGGCGUUUUCUCUAUUAUAGGCUACGUUGGCAUCUACAUGGCAGGAGUCCAGGUUGGAUGUUACGUGAUGCAACCAAGAUCACAUGUCAGAGACUGGCUCAAAGCAGUUUUUACCCUCUUAAUGGGAACUCUCGCACUGUUUGCUGCUUUGUGCACAUGCCAGACUUUAGUGGAGCCAGUGUCUCGCCGCUUAGCGAAUCUACCUUUCUGCCUCUGGAGUAUUGCGCUGUCUCUGCUUUUUAUAUCAUGUAUUGGCUUUGUUGAUUUGAUUGUACUGUUUUCCAAAAUAACAGCAGACUAUCACUUUGUUCCGUCAUCAUGGAAUUCAUAUUCAGGCACCCCAAAAAAUGAAGAUAAGACUGACGCUUCAUGUCUCAUUCAAGCUAUUAACAAGAAUCAGAUGUUAUUUUUCUUGGUUGCAAAUAUCUUUACAAUACUGACCAAUUGCUUUGUGGACACUCUUGGUUGUAGCAGUUUAUUUUCCGUAUUUUUAUUGUUGUUAUACAUGUUCGGAAAUUGCUUUGUAAUACAUGUUUUUUACCUCCUUGGAAUAACAGUACGAUUCUAGAACGUUUCUUAAAAUGUCAAGGUUUAAUGUGAGAGCUGACUGUCAAUUUCAAUGACUUAACCCCCGAAGACUAUGUGACAACAUCUAAAUUGCUCAAAUUAAAGUCAAUACGAAAAUGUGCA